AUAUUACAGCCUUAGAUGAUCACCAAAGAGGACAGGAAUCCGGGAAGACAAUUCAGAGCCAAGACCCGCUGCAGAGAACGAUGGAAGCUAUGAGGCUGGAAGUUGGCGAACGCCAACGGGACAUUGGAGACAAGUCACUCAAAUGCAGCCUGAAGAGUGAUAAAAUGGAGGAGGUUGUGGGUAAGAUAGCAGAUGCCUUGACGAUGGCAGACCAUAUCCAGUUCAGCUUGAUCAGCAAGGAGCUGCCCGAGUGGAGACGACGGCAGCAGGUGGCCUGCAUUGGGGGACCUAACAACACCUGCCUCGACCAGCUGCAGUCAUGGUUCACGUCGGUGGCGGAGAGCCUGAAGCAGGUGCAGCAGCAGCUGAGGAAGCUGCAGGAGCUGGUGAAGACGUUCACUCACGACAACAACCCUGUCGCCAUUGACAUUGGAGCUUUAGAAGAGCGUGCUGUCAUGCAGCUGAACAAUCUCCUGGCCAGUGCUCUAGUAGUGGAAAGACAGCCCUGCAACCCAACACAACCUCAAAGGCCACUGGUCAUCAUGCAAAUUGUGCAGUUCACUGUCAAGCUGAGGUUUUUGCUGAAACUCCCAGAGCUGGACGGUCUGUUGAAGGUGAAAGUUUCGCUUGAUGAGGAUGCUGUUCAAUACAACACGAUUCAAGGGUUCCGUAAAUUUAACAUCGUGGGCAGUAACACUCGAGUCAUGAAUAUGGAGGAGUCCAACGGCAACUUGACAGCUGAAUUCCGUCACCUGCAUCUUAGAGAGAUGAAGUGUUCACGCAGCAGGUCAAAUGAGUUCUCUUUAUGUCUCUUCGAAGAACUUCAUACAGUUUGCUUCGAGACACAGCUUGAACAAUCUGGACAAAGCCCAAUCAUUCUAACUACCACAUCCCUCCCCAUUGUGGUGGCAACUCCAAUUGGUGGAAUAUCAAAUUGCUUUGCCUCCGUUCUGUGGUACAACAUGCUGUGCAGCGAGCCCAAGAACGUUGCGUUUUUCCUGGACCCUCCUACGGCCACGUGGUCUCAGCUGUCUGAGGUGCUCAGCUGGCAGUUCUCCUCACAGACAUCAUAUAUGAAGACUAGAUUCGUCCGCGUUCCCGUCAUGCAAGCCGAACGUCCGCGCAUGGCGGCCAUGUUAGAGCAGCCUGCUGGCUCAACUAGUUGCAGACGCGGCCUCGACAGUGAGCAGCUGAGCAUGCUGGGAGAAAAACUCCUUGGUCAGUCGGACCCAGAGGGUGUGGUGACAUGGACAGCGUUCUGUAAGACACAUGUUUCUGGCAGGAGCUUUUCAUUCUGGACAUGGUUGGACUCCAUUUUGGUCCUCAUCAAGCGCCACUUGCUCAGCCUAUGGAAUGAUGGGUGCAUCAUGGGGUUUGUGAGUAAGGAGCGUGGGGAGCAGCUGCUGAGGGAGAAGAGCUCCGGAACCUUCCUGCUGCGCUUCAGUGAGAGCCAGUGUGGAGGCAUCGCCUUCACCUGGGUGGAGCAGGCCGCUGAUGGCCCCAAGGUCCGCACGGUGGAACCCUGCUACACAGGUAGACAGCUGUCGAGCGUUCUCUUUGCAGACAUUCUGCGUGACUAUAAAUUCAUGGCAGAGGACAACCAUCUAGUAGAGCCACUGGUCUUCCUGUAUCCCAACAUCCCCAAGGACAACGCCUUUGGACGCUACUACAACCAAGAUCUCUCCAGUAUUUCCACAGAUUUGCUGCCUGUGGGAUUCAUCGCCAUUACCCCUAAAAUGCUACAGGAGCUGUGAUAAGUGAUACUGCAUCGUCACUGCAGUAACCCAUGGGGAGCUCUGUUUAUCUGCCCAGGAGUCCACAGAACACACACACACACACACACACACACACACCUGUGUGAUAACUGGGAUUCACUUGGAAUAAAAUAUCUGGUUCUGCUCAAGGAUUUGAAGAAGUCAAGCCUGCAUUGCGAACAUGAUAGACCACUUUCACACGUCACUGAGUAAACUAAUUUUUUUACUCUCAUCGUACAUACUAGCAUAUUGUAUUGUGUAAAAUACCUGUACACAUGUUAUAAUAAAACAGCAGUGUUUCCCAUACAUUGAGGAAACUAUGGCGGCCCGCCAUAGUUUAAA